CUUUCCUCUCUGUCAUCUCCGCUUGAUCUUCUGUGUCGUUCCUCACGUCAAACACACCCGUCACAAUGUCUUUCCUCCGCAACAUCAAGAACCUCACCCCCCUCAUGGACCGCGUCCUGGUUCAGCGCGUCAAGCCCGAGACCAAGACCGCCUCGGGUAUCUUCCUCCCCGAGAGCAGCGUCAAGGAGCAGAACGAGGCUCAGGUCCUUGCCGUUGGCCCCGGUCUCCUUGACCGUAACGGCCAGAGACUCCCCAUGGGUGUCACUGCCGGUGACCGUGUCUUGAUCCCCCAGUUCGGUGGUAGCCCCAUCAAGGUUGGCGAGGACGAGUACACCCUCUUCCGUGACUCUGAGAUCCUUGCCAAGAUCAAGGAGAACUAGAUGCCGCAUACGCCUUUGUCUUUUCCUCUCUGAGCCUAGGAUCGUUCGAUUCUAGUCGAAGACCUGUACUAUACCAUGCGAAUGAGCUUUCAUGCGCGUCAUCCCUGAACUCCACGCCCAACCAAAUCCAACAAAACCGAAUAAUCGAAAAUAAAAACCCCAAUGGUAUAUGAGGACGGACUUAUGUUUCCGUUCUUGGUAUUUUUGGGCUAUAAUGUGUCCCCUUGCAUCUAUCGUCUAAAGCGUGAAAUGACUAUUUACUUUGUUGCAUAUUCUCUUAUGUAUCUUAAGUCUCUACCUAGCAAUCGCCGUC